CCCUCCAGAUCCGCUCCCCCACGACCCCCACUCUCUCCCUCGUCUCUCCCUUCCCACUCGCCUGGAUCGGGGAGGAGCCUGAUCCCAUGCCUCCGCCACAGGCGCCCAUCCCCGGCGCGGCCCCAGCCGCGCCGCCCGUCGCCACCGCCCGCCUCUCCGACUCCUCCCGCACAUUGCCCGCCCCCUUGACACGAGCUGGAUCGGGGGCUCGACCCCGCGGCACCCCGAGCCCCGAAGCCGCACCGUCGCCGCCUCGUCCCUCCACUGCUUCGCUGGAGCCGCCCACCGUCAUCGUCGCCUCGUCGUCCUCCUCCCCGAGCACGCCUCGCUCAACUACAGGGCUAUACUAUGAGACUGACACCGCUGCUGGUGCCCCAAUCGACUACGCUGUUGACGACCCCUCUUUCUUGCCAGAGCAACCAGACGAUGGAGUCUAGGAGCCAGACGCCAUUGUCGAUGACGACUGCUACUACUCG